UCCUUGUUCGGACUUGGAAGUGUUAGAACUUGUUGUUCCUCUCCUCACUGCUAGUGCUACUGGUAUCCAACGCUUUGAUAGUUUGAUUCAUACAAGAUUGUAAUGCGGCCCAGUUAGAAAUUCAAUUAGUCAAGGUUACAACAAAAAACUCAAGACAUUGUUAAUGCCAUGCAUCUGGUCAAGACUACAAAAGUGCUUCUUCAAGAGUUGAGAGACGAAAAUUGGGAAACUUUUUUCGGAAGCAUCAAACUCUUUUGUGAUGAACAUGACAUUGUCCUUCCUGAAUUUUCAGAUCAAUAUACGAUGGGAACCAGUCGUUCUUGUCAGCAGAAAGACCAUAUUACCAUUGAACAUCAAUACCGCUUUGAUAUAUUUAAUGUUGUCAUAGAUUUUCACCUAAUGGAGCUAAGCCGUAGAUUCACAGAGGAAACGAUGGAGUUACUUGUGCUGUGUUCAGCUUUCAGUCCUGAUGAAAAUUAUAAAUCUUUUGACAUUGAUAUCCUUUGUCGUCUAGCGGAGAAGUUUUAUCCUGAAGAUUUCACAGAACAAGAGGUAUGUGUUUUAAGAAGCCAACUAAAACAUUACAAACGCGACAUUGUCAACGAUCCAGAUUUUGGAAACAUGACUACUGUGGCUGAAUUAUGUCGGAGAUUGGUCGAAACUGCUACUACUGAAAGGGUAUUUUCAUGUAUGAAUAUUGUGAAACCGGCAGCUCGUAACAAGAUGGGCGAUGAGUUUCUUGGAGAUUGUAUGGUAGUCCAUGCUGAAAGAGAAAUUGCUGAAAAAGUGAAAUGUGAGGAUAUCAUAGAUGACUUCGCUUCAUUGAAAGACCGAAAGGUUCAGUUCUAGUACCCAAGUCAGCAUACAUGGGUUGCACAUUUUUUGCUAUAGCUAGUUAAUAUAUAUAUGUAUAUCGUCGGACCAAAAGUCUUCAUAUUUAUGGUUCAAAUGUUAUACCUGUACUUAUAAAAUCUUAAAGUAUAACAACUUUUUUGCUAUAGAGUUUGCCAUCUUUUGUACUUAAUGGUAGGCUUUUAAGAGUGUAAGAA